AUGUCUAAGCAGCAGCAGCAGCUGCUGCUGCAGCAGCACGGGAUGGACGAGGGCGACACAACCCCGCCAGCUUCCCCCGUGGACGGGUCGGAGAUGCAGCAGCAGCAGUCGGGCUCUCGCCGGCCGCCGCCGUUGUCUCCGUCAACUCCCGUGUCUUCUCAGCAGCAGCAGCAGCAGCAGCACGCGCCGGUGCCGGACUAUUCGCUUAAGUCGCUUCCGCCGCCCUCGACGUGGGAGCUGGACUUCACGCUGCCGUCGUUCCUGUCGCGGUACGCAAGCAGCAGCAGCAGCAGCAGCAGCAGCAGCGAGCCCCUGGGCGAAGAAGUCCUCACAGUCUACAGCGAAUGGAGAGACACGCCCGCUGUCAGAUUCCGCCUCAUGCUCCACCCCGUCUCCCCCGUCAGCGGGGGCUCUGCAGGCGGGCGGGAGCGGCGGUACUUGGGGGCUUUUGUGGAGACGGCGCGCAGAGCGGACUUCCCCGAAGACUGGGUGUUUCAGCACGGGUUGCGGUUUUACAUAUACGCCAUUAACCCCGUCGACUACCGCCAAAGCCUCUUCAAACAGGACACUUACCACUUUGCAUGCGACGACGCAGACAGGGGCUGGCACCACUUCGCUUCGCACCAGGAACUCAUUCAGGAGCGCUUCCUGGGGGGCCCCACGGGCGAGGCCCUUUACCUCAGGGCGGGCUGCACUCCGGUUUGUGCUGCGGUCUCCCGCAGAAUCCGCACCCCGUGCCCCCCCGCGCCGCUCCCGCCCCCCGUCCCGGCCCCUGCUGCUGCUGCUGCUGCUGCGGAGGCGGGGGCCAAGCGGCAGCAGCAGCUGCAGCAGGGCGAGGUCGAGUCGCCCCGGGGGCCCCCCGCGCCGUUCGCCGGCAUCGGGCCUGCGGCCCCGCCUGCGGGCGCUGCACCAGCAGGGGGAGCAGCAGCUGCAGCAGCAGGGGGCAUGGGCCGCUGCGGCCGCGGCUACGUCGGGCUGCGCAACCACGGCGCCACGUGCUACAUGAACGCGCUGCUGCAGUCUCUUUAUUUCAUCGGUAAAUUCAGAGAGGCAGUCUACGCGCUGUCCUUCGACACCAAAAACACCUGCGGCCCCCGCAGCGUAGACAUUCUGGAGCGCCGCCGCUGCAGGCGGAAGCGGGGCAGGGCGUUUGCUGCUGCUGGCCUCGACCGAGCCAAGAGGGGGGAAGCCCCUGCUGCAGCAGCAGAAGCAGCAGCAGCAGCAGGCGUCGACGGCGCAGAGACGGAAGGCAGGGACUGCAACGGAGUGGGGGGCGAGCCCGAAGGGCAGAUGGAUGUGGAGGGCCAGAGCCCGUCUUCUGCGGUUUCGGAGGGAGCAGCAGGAGCCCCUGCAGCAGCAGCAGCAGCAGCAGGGUCCUUUUCUGAAGAAAGCACGGACAGCGAAGACGAACUGUCCGACUUGGAGGAGAGCGAGCUUCGGGACCUGCUACUGGAGGAAGAGGCGGGGCGGAGGUCGCCUCCGUCGAUAUCUCUUGCGCUUCAGAAUUUAUUUGUGAAGUUGUUUACAGCCGAAGAAGCUGUGCCGUACAAAGACUUGAUUCGUUCGUUUGGCUGGGACGCGGCGGACGCCUUCACGCAGCAAGACACGCACGAACUGCUGAAGCUGCUGCUGGACAAAGUGGAGGAGCAGAUGCGGGGCACUCCCGCGGAAGGCAGCGUCAAGGCCAUGUUUGAAGGCGAAAUGGAAACUUACGUGGAGUGCCUCCACGUCGACUACAAGAGCGCCCGCAAAGAGGCCUUCGAAGACAUCAACCUCGACGUCCAGGGCUGCUCGGGGGUUCGCGAGAGCCUCCAGCGCCUGGUGGUCCCGGAGCUGCUCGAGGGCGACAACGCCUACGACGCGGAGCAGCACGGAAAGCAAACCGCCAGGAAGGGAGUCCGCUUCGUCCGCUUUCCCCCGGUCUGCGUCUUCCUCCUCAAAAGAUUCGACUUCGACUUCGCCAGGAUGGACACCGUCAAGGUCUUCGACAGGUACGAGUUCGAGCGGGAGCUCGACUUAAACGAAUUUUGCGAAGGCGCUGGAGUGUACGCGCUGCACUCGGUGUCUGUACACCAGGGCGACGUCAACUCUGGCCACUACUACUCAUUUCUCAGGCCUGCUCCGGGCACGCAGUGGAUGCGCUUCGACGACGAGAAAGUUUACCAUGUCAGUGAAUACGCCGCCAUAGGGGACAACUUUGGCGGCGAAGAGUUGGAGUGCUACAACUACCUGAGAGGAGAGAGAAAGCCCAGGACGCGCAACAAACCUUACAACGCGUACAUCCUCGUCUAUGUCAAUAAAACGCUUGCACCCAGCCUUCUAGCUGACUGCAGCCCUCUCAAGGUUAACCCCCAAAUAUUGAGUCGCUGUCGCACUGAAGAGCAGUUGAGGCGCCUACGGACCUCCAUUCGAAACGUUCUUGAGAAGAGUGUCAGGGUCAAGGUCUACCACCCGCUGCAGUUCAAGUACCGCCGCUUCCUGGAACUGCCGUACCUGUCUGUGACUCCGAUACUGGACCUAAAGCGCAGUCGGGACAGCCAGCUGCAGCAGCUGCACGAGACGAUAAGCCACGAGCUCACGAGGCUGCUCUACGGCGGCGGGGGCAGCUCGAAGGGGUCCCAGGGGUCCUCCGGGUCUCAGUCUCAGGGUUCUCAGGGGAGUGGCGGCGACGGCCCGCCCCGGGUGCAGUUCAUGUUGCACCUGAUAAACACGUCAGUGGAGUCCCCGCGUUUCGACGCAAUUGAACUGGGGCCCAACGCGUACUUGGGAGAGAUUCUGAGGCGCAAGGGAGGAGGGGGAGGGGCUGGAGUUGAGGUCAGCCUGCACGUUUUGGCCGUCCCAGAAAAGGCCGUGUUCUCCAGCCCCCUGCAGCACGACGAGUUCGUGAGGUGUCAGUGCCUGCUCUUCAUCAAGUACUUCUCGUCGCUCUCCCGCACCGCCAAAGAAGUACACGUCAACAAGGCAGGACAGAUCCAGCAGCCGCAGCAGCAGCAGCAGCCGGGGACGGAUGCUGCUAAAGAGGAGAACGUGAUUUGCUUGGAUGUCGUUUAUGUCCCUUACGAGUGGAAAGUUCGAGACCUGGAGCCCCACGUCUACCGCCUGAUCCACCAAGCCAUGCAAGACGGCGUGAUAGAUGAGGGCCCCGCCCGCGCUGCUGAAGUGGCCCGAAUGGUUUCGUUUUUGCCUUCGAAUUUGCCGCCUCUGUCUUGCUGCGCCCCUUAUCCUUCUCCGCUGCCUUCGCCGCUGCCGCCCCCGGCCUCCAAGGCCGCAGGCUAUCCUUGCCUCCAGUGGACGCAGGGCUCCUCGGCAGCAGCAGCAGCAGCAGCAGAAGCAGCGGCAGCAGCGCCCAUUCCCACAGGCACCUCGACGCUGCAGCUCACUGCCUGUCUCGAACUCGAUAUCACUGACAAGAUGCAGACAGAGAGACUGGUGCCUCGCAAGACUGUGCGCAACUCAAAGAUUUAUUCCGGGGACCUGCUGGUGUAUUCUGUCGACUUGCCUCAACCGCUGUUGGAGUAUAGAGAGGCGCAGCAGAAGGUGGGCUGCCGGCCCGAGGACUUGGCGCCGCAGCAGGCGUACAACCCCUCCUCUCUGGCUGAGGAGGGCCACUCAGCGCUAGAAGCAGCAGCAGCAGCAGCAGCAGCCGGGGGCGCACCGGCUGGAGGCGACGCGACCUCCUCUUUGGUGCCGUGGGGAGGAGGGCCCCCCAAGGAGGUCCGGGGCCUCAGUCUGCUGCCUUUUGUUCCCCGGGCCCGGGGCGGCAACAUCCCGCCCUCUCCUCCCCCGCUGCCAGUUUACCUCUGCAACGACUUUGUGGACUUUUGUCUCGAGAGCCAGGCCACUGAGGUCUACCAUGUUCGACUUUAUGACCCAUUCGAGUUCCUGGGCAAAGUGAUGUCCUCUUCUGGUUGCCUGCUGCUCUCGCCGUCGCUGCCGCAAGCCGCCGGCCCCGAGGGCCACUCGGCGCUGCUCUCGGAGGCUUCGCUGGUGUCGCUGGGGAGCAGCGACGGGGGCUGGCAGGGGGGUGAGGAGACGCCGCUGGGUUCCCCCGGGGUCCCGCAGCACCCCACGGGGCCCGCGGGGGAGUCCACGGCCACUCUAGGGGCGCCCACGGAGGCAGCUGCUGCUGGUGCUGCAACAAAAUCCAAGACUGAAGACGCAGAGGAGGACGCGGCCCUGGCCACGCCCGUCGCUGACGAUCCCUGGCUCCACAUGCCGAAGACGAAGCCGAUUUGUGUCAAGGAGUUUUCCCUCAGCGGCAGACUGCCCGCGAGACAGGCGCUGCAGUGGAUUGCCUGGCACUUUGGAGUCGACCCCAGCCAGCUGCUGCUGUUCCCGGAGCCUCCGCUGCUGUCUGACCGCAAGGUGGUGCCCCUCGACAUAGACGCCAUGGUGGUAUCUGCUGAAGUUACGCGGGAGCAGCAGCAGCAGCAAAUGUUACUGAUACAGAAGGGAGAAAGGGAAGCACCAGGGAAGAGGCAGCUUUCGCUUGAUGAAUUGUACAUGCAGCUGCAAGCUGCACAGUCGUGGCCGGGGUGCCUUGAUAGGAGGCGAACUCUUGCAGCAGCAACUGCAGCAUCAGCAGCAGCAGGCGGGACCGCAUCAACAGCAGCAGCAGCUGCGCGUCUACCUCGAGAGCUGCAUUUGUGUCUGUUGCCGGGUCACUUCCGCCUCUAUUCCCGCAUCGUAAAUGCGUUGACGCUUCCGUCUCAGCAGCAGCAGCAGCUGCAACAGCUGCUGCUGUCUCCCCUUUCUCCUGCUGCUCUGUCGCCUUCGUCUUCUCCAUUAUCUCAUACAGUCUUCACCUACAUCUGCCUCAUCUUCUCGAGACAGGCAGAACGUAUAGGCUGCGUCUUGGGCCAUAUUGCUGCCUGCAGCUCAGAAGGCAGGCCCCACACAGUGGCAGACUUAAUGCGAGACAUUCUUUCGCGGUUGUCUCCAGCAACUGUGCAGACUUUGAGGCAGGACUACCGCUUGAGCUGCAGCAGCAGCAGCAGCAGCAGCAGCGGCGCCGCAGCAGCAGCAACAGCAACAGCAGCAGCAAAGAGCACGGCAGCAGAAGCCAGCACGUGCAAGCAAGAUUUUGAGGAGGACUUAGGCCCCCUCAAACUCUCCAUUUCAGACGCCUCCCACCUGCUCAGAAUUCCGCCCACAGAAGAGCUCUCCUGGCUCACUCUCUAUGCGCCCUCAGCGCAAAGCCGCAGCAGGGAAGCCAUUUCGAACCUUCUGGCAGUUCCUCUGCGCCUCGAAGCAGACUAUACGCCUGAAGAGGAGGAACUGAUACGCACUGGCGCCCGGCAGGUGCUGCUGGUGCAGCACCAGACCCCCGGAGACCGGGAGCCCUUCGGCUAUCCGUUUGACAUUCUUGUGGAGCCUGAGGCGACGCUGUCUGAAAUUAAGGCGCAAAUAAUAAAGAAAUUGAGACUCCCCAAGAAUGCAUGGGGCAGCUGCACCUUCUUUCAGCUUGGAGACGGUGUUCGGUGCUGGAAGGGCCCGAAUGACUCUCUUGACUGGGUCAAACACCGCAAUAUUACUCUUAUAGCCGAACAUUCUGCUCCCUACACGAAGCACAGAGGUCAUGGGGGCAUGCGCAUCGCCUAG